CUACCACCUACCUUACUCCGUACCUACCUACUGACAGCCUGACCUUUUCGGACCGAUCACGUCUGCUGCCACGCCUUAUUAUUAUUAUUAUUAUUAUUUUUUUUUGUUUACCUUCGUGGGGCAUUUUUCACCACAAAAAAUUAUUGUCGAAGGAUGGCUCUAGUAUCUGGACCUGGCCGGGCCGGUGGAGGUCUGGACGGGCAGACUCUGUGUACUCAGAAGCACGUGGACUAUAUCAAGAACCUUGAUACUAGGCGGGAGGAUUUGGAAUACUGGUUGACGGAACACUUGCGACUCAAUGGCGUGUAUUGGGGCUUGACUGCUCUCCAACUGCUCGGCCAGCCGGAAGCUCUCCCGCGUGACGAGACAAUCGCCUUUGUGCUCUCUUGUCAGCAUGACUGCGGUGGCUUCGGAGCCGCUCCUGGCCACGAUCCUCAUAUGCUCUACACGGUCUCCGCCGUGCAAAUUCUGGUCGGUUUGGAUGCCGUAGACGAGCUGGACAAAGAUGACCGCGGAGGCAAGCAAAAAGUCGCAGCCUUCAUCGCAGGUCUGCAGGACAAAGAGACCGGUUGCUUCAUGGGAGACCAGUGGGGGGAACAGGAUACCCGGUUUCUCUACGGCGCAUUCAACGCUCUGUCAUUAUUAGGCCUUCUGGAUUCGGUCGAUGUUCCCAAGGCCGUUUCCUACAUUCAGCAAUGUGAGAAUCUCGAUGGAGCCUAUGGAAUCUGCCCUGGGGCUGAGUCUCACUCUGGCCAAAUCUUCACCUGUGUGGCUGCUCUCGCGAUUGCUGGACGCUUGGACCUGGUCAACAAGGACCGUUUGGGGGGCUGGCUCAGUGAACGUCAGGUAGACAAGGGCGGGUUCAAUGGUCGUCCCGAGAAGCUGGAGGAUGCAUGCUACAGCUGGUGGGUUGGGUCAAGCCUGGCCAUAAUCGACCGACUUCAUUGGAUCGAUGGCGAUAAGCUUGCAGGCUUCCUCCUACGCUGCCAGGAUCCCGACGGUGGUGGCAUCGCUGAUCGACCGGGUAAUAUGGUUGAUGUUUUCCACACAUGCUUCGCCAUAGCCGGUCUGAGCCUUUUGAAAUACAAAGGUCUGGAAGAAAUAGACCCUGUAUACUGUAUGCCAAAAUCAAUUACGAGCAAAUGUCUUGCGCAAUGAAAGCUGGCUCUUAUCUCUAUAACCAUCUUUUAAGUAUUGUCUAGUCUGUAGCUACUUCCCUCCUGCCAUCUAAUAACCCAUUUCCCCUCUCUAUCAUGGACCUUGGGAUACAAGGCAGGAGGAGAAUGACCCUCCACUGUGUCUUAUACUGCUUCACACCCCUCUAUAAUGGCUUGGUGAAUGGCCAUCAAGAUACAGUGAGACAUAUACAGUAGGUAGUAGCCAUGAGAUAAUCUACUAAUAAAACCUAUACUAUUCUGC